CCUGCCCCAUCUGCUCAAGCCGCCAUUCCGGCUACUCUGGGUCUGUUCUGGCUCCGCCGCGGUAGCGGAACAGAGGUGUCCUGACGGAGAAGGUUCAGGAGGAGGCGCUGUCCCCCAGGCCCCGCGACCCUGCCGGGGUGCCCGCGUCCGCCUCCUCGCCCGCCGCUACUGGCCUGUGUCACCCACAAGGGUCCGAUGGCAGCGGUGCUGAAGGACCCGCCUCAGGACAGUGUGACCUUUGAAGAUGUUGCCCUUUACUUCUCCCGGGAUGAAUGGAGGCUCCUUGAUGAGGCUCAGAGACGCCUGUACCACGAUGUGAUGCUGCAAAACUUUUCACUUAUAUCCUCCCUGGGUUGCUGCUGUGGAGCAGAGGAUGCAGAGUCACCAUUUCAACCAAGCAUGUUUAGAGACGUGUCCCAGGCCAGGACUCUCAAGGCAGCUUCACUUUCCCAGAAGAACCACCCCUGUGAAAAGUGUAGUCUGGCCUUGGGAGGUAUUUUUCGCUUGGCUGAGCUUGAAGAAACACAACACAGCCACAAAGAGUUCCAGUAUAGAGUCUGUGUGAAACUAUUUCAUUUCAGUGCAAACCUUCAAAAACACCAGGAGCAGCACAUGGAAGAGAAGUCCUUCAGAAAUAGCAUAGACAGGGCCUUGUUUGUGAAGAGCUACCAACUCCACGUUUCUGGGAAGCCUUUUACCUGUGAGGAAGUUGGGAAGGACUUUCUGGCCACCUCAGGACAUCUCCACCACCAGGCCAUUCACACCAAGGAGAAGCCAAACAAGACCACCCAGUGUGAGGCAACUUUACAAAGCAGAAAAAGUCAUCACACCCAGGGAGAAUGCAAGAAAGCCUUUGACCCCAAACAUGCGCUUGUUCAGGACCAAGGUGUCCACACUGGAAUACAAUGUUUUGUGUGCCAUGAAUGUGGGGACACAUUCAGGUACAAAUCUUCAUUGGUUCUACACCAGAGAGUGCACACUGGAGAAAGGUUUCAUGAGUAUGGUGAAGGUAGCAAGUCUUUCAGCCAGAUUUCAAUGCUCAGUCGGCAUCACAAAGUUCUUCCUGGGGCAAAGCAGUACAAGUGCAGCAAGUGUGGGAAAUUCUUUAACCAAAAAUUUGUCCUCUUUUAUCUCUGGAGAAGUCACACUGCAGAAAACUGUUACCUUUGCAGGGAAUGUGCACACUCUUUUAGCCCUAGAUCCUUCCUAAUUCGACAACGGGUAGUUCAUGAUAGAGAGAAGCGUUAUGAGUGUAUGCAUUGUGGGAUAUCUUUUAGACGAAAAUUUUACCUCAUUGUACACUGGAGAGUUCACACAGGAGAAAGGACUUAUGAUUGCAGCAAAUGUGGUAAGUCUUUUACCAAUAGCUUGGUGCUCAUCCUACACCAGAGAGUACAUAAAGGGGAAAGGCCUUUUGCAUGUAGUGAAUGUGGGAAAUCUUUUCUCAAUAGCUCAAUACUCAUUCUCCACCAGAGAGUUCACACAGGAAAAAGGCCUUAUGAGUGCAGUGUGUGUUGGAAAUGCUUUAGCUGUCAGUCUUACCUCUCUAAACACUGUAAAGUUCAUGGUGGAAAAAGGUCUUACGAGUGUGGUGAAUGUGGGAAGUCUUUUACCUCUUGCUCUGGCUUCCGUUAUCAUCAGAGAGUUCACAGUGGAUCAAAACCUUAUGAAUGUAAUGAAUGUGGGAAAUCCUUUAUCCAGAAGUGUAAACUUCUUUUACACCAGAGGGUUCACACAGGAGAAAGACCUUAUAAGUGCACUGUUUGUUGGAAAGCCUUCAUCCAUCAAUCUCACCUCUCUGAACACUGGAAAGUUCAUGGUCCAAAAAGGUCUUAUGAGUGUGGUGAAUGUGGGAAGUCUUUUACCUCUUGCUCUGGCUUCCGUUAUCAUCAGAGAGUUCACAGUGGAUCAAAGCCUUAUGAAUGUAACGAAUGUGGGAAAUCCUUCAUCCAGAAGUGUAAACUUCUUUUACACCAGAGGGUUCACACAGGAGAAAGGCCUUACAAGUGCAGCGUGUGUUGGAAAUCCUUCAUCCAUCAAUCUCACCUCUCUGAACACUGGAAGGUUCAUGGUAGAGGAAAGCCUUAUACAUGCAGUGAAUGUGGGAAGUCUUUUUUAUCUCGACCCGGAUUCCUUUAUCACCAGGGUGUUCACACUGGGUCAAGACCUUUUGAGUGUAAUGAAUGUGGGAAAUCUUUUGUGAAGCGCUAUGUACUUGUUCAGCAUCAAAGAGUUCACACAGGAUCCAAACCUCAUCAGUGUAAGGAAUGUGGCAAGUCUUUUACCCAGAGAUCAGCACUCAUUCGACAUGGAAGAGUUCACACAAGAGAAAGGCCUUAUAAAUGUAAUGAAUGUGGGAAAUCCUUUAUGGAGAGAUGUCACCUUCUUGUACAUGAGAGAGUUCACACAGGAGAAAGACCUUAUAAAUGUAAUGAAUGUGGGAAAUCUUUUCACAGUCGGAAGAACUUUCGUUAUCAUCGAGGAAUUCACACUGGAGAAAGGCAUUAUGAGUGCAGUGAAUGUGGAAAAUCUUUUAGAUCCAAUUCUUAUUUCAUUGACCACUGCAGAGCUCACGCUGGAGAAAAACCGUAUAAAUGCAGUGAAUGUGGGAAGUCCUUUUUGUCUCGGGCUGGCUUUCAUUAUCAUCAGAGGGUUCAUGCAGGAUUGAGGCCAUAUGAGUGUAGCGAGUGUGGGAAAUCUUUUAUCUCCAGUUCCACACUUCGUUCUCAUCAGAGAGUUCACAAGAAAAGCUUUAUUUGUGCUGGGAAUUUGGGAAAUUCCUGAAAAAAAAAAUUCACCUCAUUAUACAUGGUAGAGUUUACACUGGAGAAAGGCCUUAGAUGUGCAAGGCAAUGUGCAAUAUUCGUGUUGAGGGUAGCAACACUGGAAUAAACUGAAGAGCCAUCCCUUGGAGUCCAGUCUCCUAUCUGCAUUUGUCCACAGAGAGGAGAUUCCUUUUAUGUUUCAGUUAUGCUGAGAACUUGUGUGACUGUUGCACUUUCUAACCUGUCCAGGGCUAUUCCCAGAUUUAUGUCACUGCCAUCUGUGCUGUUAAGGCCACUUCCCCUCUACCACCUGGCAGGUCCACAUAGUGUGCAUCAGUCACCACCUCACUUCAUGCAGGGAAAUUGACUUCUUCUGUGUGUUAGAACAAACUAGGAAUAGCCCACCCCCUCCAGGGCUGGUGUUCCUUUCUGACUCCUCGUAAAAGAGCCUGAAGGAGUGUUGACCCAGAGAAUAUCACACGAGUUUGGCUGAGAACAUGCAGAGGACCACUUUUUGCAGGGACAUGUUCUCAUCUGAUGAAUUUUUCCAGCCUCCAAUUUAGCAACACAAACUAUUGGACUUGUUUGUAACCACACACAUUUCUUUGGUUUGUAUAAUACGAAUGUCUUACUGUU